UUUGACGACAUAAUUGAGUUAAUUUGUUGAAACAAUAAAACCAGUCAGUGUAAAAUGUCAGAAAAUAGGAAUGGCAGCACCUCUGAAACCCUGGGAGAAAGCUGGUGUUAACAGACAAAUGGAUGAAACCCUACCUUCUACAUAUAUGUCUGGAGGGACCCCAGCAGGGUUUUCACCAUUACUGUCUGGAUCUGUGCCAACAAUUGGAGGGGGUGAUUCUCCACCCCCAGUUCCUUCUCGCCCUACACAGACUGGCCAGUACUCUAGCUACUCGUCAGGGUAUGGAGGGGGCUAUGGUGGGGGCACCUAUGGUGGUUAUGGAGGGGGCCUCUACAGCAGCCCAUACAGUAGUAGCACAUACGGGUAUGGCUCUGGAAUGUACGGCUCUAGCAUGUAUGGUGGAGGUUAUGGUGGAUAUGGAAUGAAUAGAUAUGGACAGCAAAAUGAGUUUAAUUCAUUCUCAAGAAUGGCGGAAGAGAGCUCCAGACCAGCUUUUCAGUCAAUAGAAAGCAUAGUUGGAGCUUUUUCAUCAGUAAGCAUGAUGCUAGACUCCACAUUUCAAGCAGUGUAUAACUCAUUUCGAGCUGUGGUAGGAGUUGCUGACAAUUUCAGUAGAAUGAAGAUGCAAUUUGGUCAAAUAUUUUCGGCCUUUGCCAUCUUCCGGACAAUAAGAUAUUUGUACAGAAAGUUACUUGUGUUGCUACGGUUAAGGCCUCAAGGUUAUGCAGAAGAGGCUUGGGUUGAGGCAGGAGAUACAAUCGCCCAAGCUUCUGCGGGCAAAGGCCCUGGGAAUGGCAAAAGUAGUUGGCCUGUCCUCAUGUUCUUUGCAAUUAUCAUGGGUGGACCAUGGCUGAUCUGGAAAUUCCUACAGUCAACCUUCUCUGGUGCAACGGGACAGGGUUGGGCCACCGGUGAAGAAGACCAUUUUGUAGCCAAGGCUGUGUACAACUAUGAGGGGCAGGGAAAUGAUGAGCUGUCAUUCAAGGCUGGGGACAAUAUCCUUGUGGCUCCAAAAGAAUUACAACCUCGUAUGAAAGGCUGGCUGUUGGCAAGUGUUGAUAGCAAAACCAUUGGGAUUGUCCCAGCAAAUUAUGUGAAAGUCCUGGGCAGAAGACGGGGCACCAAGGUCUCCAACUAUCCUGUGAACAAUGAACUGGAGUCUUUCAGUGAACAAGCAUCCAAUCAGACUCGUGCACAACCUCAUGGGUCAAUGCCAUUGGCAAACUUACCCUCUACUAAUGAUUUCACAAACCAGUCUGGUGUUGGACUACAGUCAAUACACCAGUCACCAAGUGCUAUGAACUUUGAAAAUCAAAUGCAAACCAAUUUAUACAGUGAAGCAAGCUUGGACACUACAAACCCUAGUGACCCGGUUCUAGGGUUAGUUGAGGAAAUGUCCAAAGAUGAAGAUAACUCUUCUCAAUAACCCUUUCAAUGUCAAACAACAAACUUCAACAUCAUGAAAAUUAACAUCUGGAAAUUACAGUUAACUGUAAAAUAAAAAAGGAUUUAGCAUGGCUAAAUUAGGUUACAAUUUAUUUUUUACAUAUUUAAAAAGCUGAUAAUAUUGAACCAUUUAAAAAAAUCAUGAAUUAAAUAUUUUUUGGUAAAUGCAUACAUGUUUCAAAAUAUAAUUUAAAAUAUCAUAUGAAAGAACAACAUUGUUUUGAGUGGAAUUGAAUUUAAUGAUUUGAAAAAAAACAACACAGAAUUUUGAUUUUGGGAUGAAAUAUACUUGAAUGCUUUUGGAGAGUAGCAAAACUUUGGCUUCUGAUAAUGUUUGUUUAAUUUCAGAUAUCCAAACAUGAAACAUUUUUGCUGAAAAUAAGCAUGUAUGUUAAAUGAGCAUGUAUGUUAUAAACUAGGAUAUAACAUGAAUAAUGUUUUGCUCAGUGUAUGCCGAGAAUAACCUCAACUUUUGUAUCAUUUCUAGGGGAGAUCGGGAAAUUGUCAAUAGAGCAAUAAGUUACAAUUAUCUUAAGAUGCCUUGUGUUCCUAUGAUCUUGAUCUCUAGUGUUUACUAGGUUUUUCAAUAUUUGACCUAGUGAUUGACAUUUGACUUUUUUUUUUACUUGACAUUACCCAUAAUUCAACUUGACAAAGAAGAAAUAUAGAUAACCAUUCUAACCAAGUUUUGCCACAAUCUGAUAGAAAAUGUGGGGGUUAAGUAGAAUAAAAAAAUUCAGAACAUUUAAUCUUGUGACCUAUUUUGUGAUAUGACCUAUGACCAUUUAAUAAGAUUUCAUAUAAGAGAAUUUUGUCCAAGUGAGUCAAAUGACUUAUAAUCCAGCAACAUAAUUAUGAAAUAAUUUUGUAAAGAUUUGGUAGAAUUUGGUAUUUUUUAGGACAUUUGAACCAGUGAACUACCUUGUAACAUGACAUGACCUAUUACAAACUUGACCUAGAUUUUGUACUAGAGAACACUAUGUUCCAUAAAGAUUAAAUAAAAAUGUGGUAUAUUAAGAGGAUACUACACAAGACUAGUGGUAAUUUGUGCUUGUGCAAUACAACACUUUUCAUAUAUAACUAUUCAUAAAUCAGUCAUGUUCUUAUAAUUUGAGGUUGGUGACCUACAUUUAACUGGACAUGACCAAUAUUCAAACUUGUCCUAGAUUUAAUAUAUUAAAAAAAUAAAAAAUAUUUCUUGAAAAUUUGGUUGAAAUGGCCUCAAGGGGUUAUAUAUGUGAUCUUUUGACCUACUUUAUGACCAGAUAUAACUUUAUAUAAAACUGAAGCAGAUA